UUCCUCUUCAAUUGAGUGUUUCAAGCUCACUACAAGUCUACAACACAAGCUGCUUGAAAGUAUCACAGUUCGAAACACUGCCUAAACACGUGGAAAAAAUUAAAAAAAAAAACCUAGGAAGCAAGUGUCUAACGUUUGACACUCCAUUACCUUCCUAGUUACUAGUUACAGUACAGACAAAACCCCGGCCACAAAACCCGCCUCAGGUACAAGGAUGAUGCUUCUGCAACAGACAACCUCAGUGCCAAGACUUGUAGUGUUUUCAAAAUCUGAUUUUUGUUUCAAGCCUUGUUCUUCCUCUUCAACAAGAUUAUCUUUUAUGGACAAGCACACCAACUCCUCCUCUUCUUCCUCUUCGCUAAAACAGUCUCUCAAACAAUACCAAAGCCCAGUCUUGGCUUGUCAAGCAUCAACUGACACUAACGAUACUUCUUUCAGGAAAGAUUACUUGCCAGUUUAUGGAGUGUCCGAGCUGAUUGUUGGUGUAUUGGGAGGUGGGCAAUUGAGCCGUAUGUUAUGCCAAGCAGCUUCAGAAAUAGCUAUUAAAGUCAUGGUUUUGGACCCACUUGUGAAUUGUCCAGCGAGUUCGAUUGCAUAUGAUCAUAUGGUUGGAAGCUUUGAUGAUAGUGCAACUGUUCAGGAAUUCGCAAAAAGAUGUGCAGUGUUGACUGUGGAUAUUGAACAUGUUGAUGUUGCUACGAUGGAGAAGCUUGAGGAGCAAGGAGUUGAUUGCCAACCAAAAGCUUCUACUAUUAGAAUUAUCCAAGAUAAAUAUCUCCAGAAGGUUCAUUUUUCUCAGCAUGGGAUUCCCCUUCCUGAUUUUAUGCAGAUUGAUGAUCUAGAAGGUGCCAAGAGGGCAGGUGACUUAUUUGGCUAUCCUCUAAUGCUCAAGAGCAGAAGGCUAGCUUAUGAUGGGCGUGGGAAUGCAGUUGCUAAGAAUGAAGUGGAGCUUACUUCUGCAGUAAAUGCUCUUGGAGGAUUUGCUCGUGGUUUAUAUGUUGAGAAAUGGACUCCCUUUGUAAAGGAGCUAGCUGUCAUUGUGGGUAGAGGAAGAGACAAUUCCAUCUCCUGUUACCCUGUUGUUGAAACUAUCCACAAAGAAAACAUUUGUCACAUAGUUAAGGCUCCUGCUCGUGUACCAUGGAAGAUCAGAAAACUUGCCAUUGAUGUUGCACAUAAAGCUGUUAGCUCAUUAGAAGGUGCUGGUGUGUUUGCAGUGGAGUUGUUUUUGACAAAGGAUGAUCAGAUUUUACUGAAUGAAGUGGCUCCUAGACCUCAUAAUAGUGGUCAUCACACAAUUGAGUCCUGCUACACCUCACAAUUCGAACAGCAUUUGAGAGCUGUUCUGGGUCUUCCACUUGGUGAUCCAUCAAUGAAGACUCCAGCUGCUAUCAUGUACAAUCUACUGGGUGAAGAUGAGGGUGAGCCUGGUUUUCAGUUAGCUCAUCAGCUGAUUGGAAGGGCAUUGAACAUGCAAGGGGCUGCUGUUCAUUGGUACGAUAAACCAGAAAUGCGAAAGCAACGAAAGAUGGGUCAUAUCACUAUUGUUGGCUCUUCUGUGGGCAUAGUAGAAGCACAGUUAAAAUCAGUGCUGAAGGAAGAAGGUUCCGAGACUCAGACCACAGUUACGCCAUGUGUUGGGAUCAUUAUGGGCUCUGAUUCAGAUCUUCCUAUUAUGAAGGAUGCUGCGAGGAUUUUGAAUACUUUUGGCGUGCCUCAUGAGGUGAGAAUAGUAUCAGCACAUCGAACUCCUGAAAUGAUGUUCUCUUAUGCCCUGUCUGCUCGGGACCGAGGCAUUCAAAUCAUCAUUGCCGGUGCUGGUGGCGCAGCUCACUUGCCAGGUAUGGUAGCUUCACUAACCCCCUUGCCUGUUAUUGGUGUCCCUGUGCGUGCUUCUGCUUUGGAUGGAAUGGAUUCGCUCUUAUCAAUUGUACAGAUGCCAAGGGGAGUCCCUGUUGCAACUGUGGCAAUUAAUAAUGCCACAAAUGCAGGUUUGCUAGCUGUAAGGAUGUUGGGUGUCGGUGAUGCUGACCUUUUGGCAAGAAUGAGCCAGUAUCAGGAAGACACAAGGGACAAUGUCUUGAAGAAGGCAGAAAAACUACAAACUGAUGGUUGGGAAUCUUAUUUGAAUCCUUGAGCACCAGAAAACUUGUCUGGUGAUUUUUGUUUUCUGUCCCUUCUCUCUGAUGGACCACAAUCUUGAGAGUUCUAUGCCUACCAUUGAAAUUCCUUCAACUUAUCCCUACACAACAAUUUUGUAUCCGCAAAAGGAUUAUGAGUUAGUGUAGCAGAUACCAAAAACCUGCCGCAGGCGAAUUGAAUUUAGGUGUGAUGCAUUUGGGGUCACAGUGGAAUAACUGAUUACUUUUCUGAUAAUUUUGUUGCAUAUUGGAAGGCUGAAAAGGAGAUAGUUUUUAGAUAGAGAGAGAGAGAGAGAGAGAGGGCCUUGUAUCCGUAAUUGUAUGAUACCUGUUUUUCCCUGAUCAAUUGUCAAUUAAAGUUAAUUCUUUCUGUU